CAGCCAAUUAAGUUAACGAUGUGUGAUCGCUCAGGUUGCUGGUGGUUCUCAGAACUUGCUUAUGGUUCUGGGGCUGCUCCAUUCCCUAAUUGUUUCUGGUUUUGCUUUGCCCAAAUAAACUCGUCUAAAUUUAAUUGAACUAAAACUUCCCUGUUACCAUCAUUGAUAAGUCAUUUAGCUUUCCUGAACCUCUGAAUUAUAACCAGAAUCAUAAAAUUGCCAUUGAGCAAAUACUUGUUGUACCAUUUUAGGUUUGGAGACUCAGAUAAAGCGUGGCAACUUGAAGUGUGAACUCUCCACCCAACCCUUGACUUACUGAGCCAGAAACUGGGGGUGGCGCCAGGCGUGAGACCACUGCUCUAAACAGUGUUCCAGCUUUCUUUUUUUUUUAACUGUGAUUCACACAAUGAUGUUUUGCAUCGCAGUUAGUACGCAGUGCAGUAUAUUCAAAGAACACUUUAAGAAGAACACAUCCCAUGAAAGAAAUCCUCCCCUACACAGCACUGCUAUAUAUGCUGAUGAAGAAGAACUCUCCCAACACUGUGGGUCAUCUGUCCCUUCAACUCCUCCAGGAAAAGCAACGAAAGAAAGCUUGAGCACUUCUGCAAGUGAAGCAAGUGAAAGCGCGUCUGUAAAACUGAGAGCCACAAAGCCAGGAAGAAGAUGUAAGCCCCUUAGCGAUGGCUCUGACAGCUCGGGAGAAAGUGAGAUACGAAGAAAAGUUCAGUCACCAGAGAGAAUCGGUGCGCGACGGUGUGACGCUGUUCCGGCCGGGGCGCCGUCGGGGCUUCCCGAGAGACGGCCGCGGUCAGAGAGGCCCGAGGCGGGAGGCGGCCGUGGCAGCGGUGCACCUGCGGACGGAGGGACCCCGGCCAUGGAAACUCAGAAAAGGAGACUAUGUCUCGUGGCAAAAGGAAAACAAACCAGCAAUGAAGCUGGAGAUUCAGGUAUUUCUGACAGCGUGCAUAUUUGGUGUCUAGAAGGAAAAAAGAAGAGUGACCUCAUGGAGUUGGAUAUUGUUUUGUCUGCAUGUGAGAAAGCAAUCCGGGAGCAUAAAGAAAGAAUAGAAUCUAAAAUUUGUAAAGAAGCCAUCAAUAAAUUUCAUUGUAAUAUUAAAGAAGAACUCAUCAAAAUGCUUAAAGAAGCCCAGAUGUUGAAAAACCUGAAAAGGAAGAACGCUAAGGUAAGUGACGUCAGCAAUUAGGGUGAUGUGACUACACGAUACUAACACAGGUGGUUAGGACCUGACUUUGGGGUUUGCUGCCUUUAGAAUUUUGUGUAAGAAUUUUUAUCUUUUUAGACUCUUAUUUGGUUGAUGUUCAAGGAAGUGCUAUUAAAUCUUUUUGAAAGAUGUCUCAGUUGGUCUAAAAAUGGCUAUCAACGUCCAAAAUGGUCCCUUAUAUGGGUACAUGUUG